GGGGAGAGAUGACUUAGAGACCAAAUGUGAUAGGAGAAGGGUCCCUCCCCCCACAUUAUUGGUGAAUAAGCCAAAAGGAGUAUCCCUAUCACUCCUAAACCCAUGAGCUCGGCCAACCCGUCUAAGGAAGAGAGAUAAGGUCUGGAAAUACUCCAUUUUCAUUCACCAUCUACGCACUUGAGCUAAGGAGGAAGAAAGAGGGGAAAAGAGAAGAGAAAAGUUGGCUUUGGAGAUGAAAACUUGUGUUUAACAAGGUAUUCAAGGAACUUUCACGGAGUUGAAAGGGUCUCCGGAGUUGUCGCCGGAGUUCGUUGAAGUUCGUCGGAGUUUCACCGGAGCUAAAUCGGGAAGGCUAGAACUCCAUAAGCUUCAUUAAGGUUAAGGCUAGAGUCCUACUACUUGCACCUUUGCCUAGGGUGAUUGAUCAAGGAGGAAGACGUGGUUCGUGCUUCCAUUCUUAUUUCAAAUUUAUAAACUGUUCAUGGAUUUUCGAACAAUGUUUUCUUUAAAACAGUUGGGGGCCUGCGUGCCCGUGUUUGCCACGUGUGGCUAAGUAUCAAACAUAUUAUUCUUUCCGCAUUUGUUUGAUUAUGAUAUUGAUGUUGAUUGUAUGUGUUUACUAAUCGGUUUGGCAAUAGAAUCAAUCGGACAUCUUGUAUAAUUCAAUAGGGAUGAACUGUUGUUGUUCUUAUCAGGUUGUACGGCGGUUGUCUACGUGGCCCGGAUGUGGUCUGGGGCGUGACAGUCGAGGUUCCGAGAAAGUUUGCUCCCCCCUCGAUGAAGUUAUUUGACGGAACUUCCGAUCCUGUGGAACACGUCGCUCGGUACAAGCAACAGAUGCUGGCCAAUUCGUUCAGGCCGGACCAGCAAGAGGCGUGCAUGUGCAGAGUAUUUGGGACGACAUUGACGGGGCCAGCUUUGACAUGGUUUGUCAAAUUGCCCAAUGGGGGAAUCAACUCCUUUGUGGAACUAGUCAACUUAUUCAAUCUGCAGUUCACAAGUAGUCGGGUUCUUGAGAAGCAAACCAACGAUAACUCAGCCGCCAUGUUGCAUCCCAUAUGCCUCGUCAUAUGCGUCCGCUGCAUUGUCCAUGUCGCAAGGGAUAUCUUCCUUCAGCAACAACUCAGCCGCCAUGCUGCAUCCCACCUGCGCGAUGGAUUUUCCGUAUGGGUCCCCACGACUCCCGCUUGCAUCAAUAGGCAUGCCAUUUAAUUCAUACAACUUGUUUCAUAUGUCGGUCUCAUCUCUUUUUACUGCUGCAAAUUCUGACUUCGGGGGACGCACGCCUCAUCCUGACAUUGGCCGAUCUAUGGAGUAUGUUGGACCCACGUUCUCGGGCUAGUCUGGAGUCUCUCGCCAUUGCCGUCGGUUUCUCCAUCUCAUCUGCCAGGGAGCAGGAGCAGAAGUUGUAGUGUUUAGGUGAAAGUAGAAAAGUACUUGUGGUGAUCUAACUUACAUCUACCAGCAGUUUUUUUUUAGAAAUUGAGGAAGACCAGCUUCUAAAAAAUGAUUGCAUCUGCAUGUGGAGAGAAAAAUUCCAAACACUCCCCAUCUCUUUGUUUGCUUCCAACCCCAAAGGGCAACUCUGCCUUAUACGCAUAAUCCGACAAGCAAAAUAGAAGUUAAGUAAUACUCCGUAUGUCAUACUUUAAGACUUUAAGUCCGUCCAAAACCAACUGCUCCCUUCUUAUUUUCUCGGUUCAAAUUCCUUAUUUAAUUAAGUAUUCCGUAUAUAAUUUCAUGUUCUCAUAAAUGAGUCUUCAAAAAAAGUACCUAACUUUUGUUUUUCUUUUGUACAAACGGAAAGUGUACGUAACUUUUGUUUGACUACAACUAUCUCCCACUUCCACCGGAACAAACAAGCCAUAGCCCAUACAAUGAUGGAGGGUUCUCAAUGGCUCAACACACGAUUCAAGGGUUUCGAAUGGAGAAUAAGGUGAAACAGAUGAAGAAACAAGCAAGCAAGGUUCAAUAAGAGCUAUGUUAGAAUGAAAUAAAUGCUACUACCUCUGUCCCGCUAUGAUUGUCCCAUUUUACCUUAUCG